CUUUUUCCUUGCAGACCUCGCCCAAGCCUUCGCACUCCAUCGGUCAAUAGCAACAAUGGCUCCUGCUAAGAAAGCUACCGCUGUCAAGACUACGGUCCCAACUAAGAGCGAGAUUCUCGCGCCUGAAUCUCUCCUCAAGAAGCGCAAGUCUCAAGAGAAGGAGCGUGCCAGCCGUGCUGCCGAGCUUGAGAAGAAGCGAGCUGCAAACAAGGAGAAGCGCAAAGUCAUCUUCCAGCGUGCUGAGAAGUACGUGAAGGAAUACCGCGAUGCGGAGCGCGAGAAGAUUCGCCUUCACCGCGUAGCCAAGUCCGAGGGUCACUUCCACGUUCCGGCCGAGGCCAAGCUCGCCUUCGUUGUCCGUAUCAAGGGUAUCAACAAGAUCGACCCCAAGAAGCGCAAGACUCUUCAGCUUCUGCGUCUCCUCCAGAUCAACAAUGGUGUCUUCGUCCGCUUGACAAAGGCUACCAUCGAGAUGCUGCGAAUUGUCGAGCCCUUCGUUGCCUAUGGUUAUCCCAACCUCAAGUCUGUACGUGAGCUCAUCUACAAGCGCGGCUAUGGCAAGGUGAACAAGCAGCGUGUGCCGCUCACGGACAACGCAAUCAUCGAGGAGCAUCUUGGCAAGUACGGCAUUGUCUGCAUGGAAGACCUCAUCCACGAGAUCUACACUGUCGGCCCCAACUUCAAGCAGGCCAGCAACUUCCUAUGGCCGUUCAAGCUGUCCAACCCCACUGGCGGUUUCAGACCUCGCAAAUUCAAGCACUUCAUUGAGGGAGGUGAUCUUGGCAACCGGGAGGAGCACAUCAAUGCUCUGAUCAGACAGAUGAACUAAGGAAAUUGUGCGGGCCAGUAUGGGAUCAUAACAAGGAGGGCAGCGUAUUCGGCUGUUUCCUUGCUGACAGCGGUGGCGUGGGUCACGGUUUAUGCGAAGCAUUUGGCAACCCUCGGAUUAAUUGUAUGAGGGCACCAACGGCACGGUGGCGUACAGGCUUCAGUACGGUAGCUCGGUAUGAAAAAGUACUCUGCAGAUGACAUGGCACACACAGAAUUUUUUUUGACCCCUUGCGCAAAGUGCACUGUUGGGAACUGCAAUUGUCCCCUUCACUUUGCAACCUUGUACAAAAUCGCGUGUUUGGGUGAUACGCCAAGCAAAUGACAACACCCGAGUUUGAAGAUAGAUGCUACCCUCACGAAGUGAUUUUUGUGCAUGAGACACGAA